AUGAAUGACCUCUCUCUCAGUGAGCUCUGCUGCCUCUUCUGCUGCCCACCUUGCCCGAGCCGCAUCGCAGCCAAGCUUGCCUUCUUGCCUCCGGAACCCACAUACACCUUUCUGCCAGACCCAGAGGCGGGACCCGCUGCCCCGGGCUCAACUGGGACGUCGAGCCUGCGGUCCAGAAGCGGAGCUUCGGUUUCAGGAAGUGGAGGGUCGGUUGCUGUGGAUGGGAGAUGGAAGCUUCACCUAACGGAGCGAGCAGAGUUUCAGUACUCCCAGAGAGAGCUGGACACGAUGGAGGUGUUCGUCACUCGCUCCAGCAGAGGCAACAGAGUCGGCUGCAUGUACAUUCGCUGUGCACCGAGUGCCAGAUUCACAGUGCUUUUCUCUCAUGGAAAUGCGGUCGACCUGGGCCAGAUGAGUAGUUUCUACAUCGGCCUCGGCACUCGCAUCAACUGCAACAUCUUCUCCUACGACUACUCGGGAUACGGCGUCAGCACCGGAAAGCCCACAGAAAAGAAUCUCUACGCAGACAUCGAUGCUGCCUGGCAUGCUCUGCGCACGCGGUUUUGUAUCAGCCCAGAGAACAUAAUCCUGUAUGGGCAGAGCAUCGGUACUGUUCCCACUGUGGACCUGGCGUCACGGUACGAGUGUGCCGCCGUGGUUCUUCACUCACCUUUAACAUCCGGUAUGAGAGUGGCCUUUCCUGAAACAAAGAAAACCUACUGCUUCGAUGCUUUCCCCAACAUUGAGAAAGUGUCAAAAAUCACUUCUCCGGUGCUCAUCAUCCACGGGACAGAAGAUGAGGUGAUUGACUUCUCGCACGGCUUGGCCCUGUUCGAGCGCUGCCCAAAGGCUGUCGAGCCCCUCUGGGUGGAGGGAGCGGGACACAACGACGUCGAGCUGUACAGCCAGUACCUGGACCGUCUGCGUCGCUUCAUAGGUCAGGAGCUGGCAGUGCAGCACGCCUGACCUUCAAAACAUCCACCAGCAUCUUCCAACUGCCUUUAUUUCACCCCCCACUCCCCCCGAGGUGCACCAAGCACCACCUCUCCAUGUCAAAAAUAGAUUUAGGCCCAAGUAUUAUCUAAAUCAUCUUUCAGCUGACCAUCACUUCCUGGAGUGGAGCGUCACACCCGGUCUUUGUCUGCACUGGAAGAAGAGAACGCAGAAACGUGUGAGCGUAAAAGACUUUAAGCUACGACUGUUUUUGAACGUGACACCAAGUGUACGGUGCAAUAACGUGAAUAGAAUCCACAGGAAAAAGGCUUUUGUUGAUGCUAAAGGAAAACGUAUCUGAAAAAGUGGUAAAAAAAAAAUGUAAACCACAUGUUUUCUAAGCUACUUAUACGUGUGUAACUUUAAUAUCUGCAAACUAACGUUGGCAGAGUCAUGUUGCAGCACAAGAAGCACUUUCAUUAGACAAGUCUUUGUGCUCUAAACUGGGGAAUAUGUUGAUUUUCUGCAAAAAUGGAAAAACCUGUUUCCAUUUCUGACUUUAUGUUCCGUUUUUGUUUAAUUUUCUUGAUUGGUAACACACCAGCUACAAUCAAGUGGAAACCUUUUAGGAACAUCAAAGUGAAUUCAGAUUCAAUCGUUGGUUUGAUACUGUAGUCGUUCUGUAGCUUUUGCUGGGUCAGCGGACUGCAUUUAUUUGGACACCAUGUCUAAUGUGUGUUUUUUUUGUGUAUGUAUCGUGGGAGUGGGAUAAAACUGGUGGCUGGUUGGAAUUUCUAGGAAAAAAUAUAUAGUGGAUGGUGUGGAUCUGGGUUUAUACUAGAAGUCUUUUAAUUUAGUUUUUACUGUUCCAGAUGUUUUACUCAGGUAACUCCGUCUUACACAGCGGGGCAGGAGUGUUCCUCACUUGUUCAUUGUACCAGCUCAUGAACAUCUUUAAUAUAAAGGAAAUGUUUCUGAUAGCAUUUCCCUAUCGGUUUGUUUUUCUGUCUUUAAUUUUUAACCAAUAAUUCAAGGUAAGGUACAGAUCAGAGUUUACUGAGGCAGUGAGCUUCCGUUCAUCUUUAAAAUACAUUUGGAUGCCAGUAAUUGAAUCCCUCUUGUUUCCUUUUUCUUUUCUUUAUUUUUAAAUUGGUUAAAUGUCUGAGUUUGUCUUGUCGUUUCACACCAGCAGGUCGCAGCUGUUUUUCAACCUUCUUGUUUUAUUAGCGUCUUAAAACUGAGAGGCAACACUAAAUUUUUUCAUUAAGCCUUUAUUUAUCCAGGUUAGUCUCAUUGAGACACGAGA